AUGACUUCAACUAACGUGGGAAAAAACAAUCAAGAAAAUAUGACAGUAACAGGUGAUCAACAAAGUAAAGCUGCACCUAUCCAUGAUGCUACAUCAUUUCAUGAACAUUCCCAUGAAUGCAACGAUCCGUCACAUCAUCAUAAUACGCCUCAAUUUUUUGAUCAAAAUGAUUUGAAUUCGAUGUUAGCAGGUGCACAAAAAGAUAUAUCAACUAAACGUAAACAUAAAAAACCUCAACAACAAAAUAUUAUACGUGCUGAAUUAAUUCCUGGCCAUCGUGGUGAACAAAAUAUUGAUGAUCUUGUGAAUUUUAUUAACAGUCCAUCGCCACCAAAGAACGAUAAAAAACAAAAAAAGAAAUCGACAACAACAACAACUAGUUAA